AUGGGAAUUAAUGAUAAUGGAAUUUAUGGUUCUUUAAAAGGAAAUUCAACGACUGGAGGUAUUUAUAAAAUGGGUGAUCAUAAUACUGGAUAUGGUGAAAAAAAUAAUCAAAAUAAUAAUAAUAAAUCAGGAGGUAAAACCAUAGUUAAUGGUGUUAUUGUAAAUUCAAAUCAACAAAAAUUAAAAGGUGAUGAAAAUGAAUUUGAUCAUUCUCAAGAUGAUAAUGCAGAUGAAUUUAAUAAAUUUCCAAAAAAAGUAAAAUAUAAUGAUUUAUUAUAUUCAGUAUUGUUUGCCAUUCAAAUGGUAUUGUUUAUUACAAUGACAGUGAUUGCCGGAACAAAACAUCCAAAUAAAAAAGAAUUUGUUGAAUAUUCAUUACAAGGAUUAUUAAUUAUUGCAAUUUCAAUACCAUUAAUUUUGGCAUUCUUUUUAAUUUGGAAAAAGAUUUUUAAAAUCCAUCCAACAAAUAUGAUUAAAACUAGUUUUUUUUCAUUGAUGAUUACUGGUAUUUUAUUUAUUGGAUUGUUAAUUGGCAAUGGUUGGUACUCAUGGGCAAUUGUAUUUGGCAUAACUUUAAUUUCUUUAAUAUUCUUUUAUUUUGCAUUUAGGGAUAAAAUUCCAUUCGUUGGAAUAAUAAUAUCAUUGGUUUUAAAAAUCAUUGAAAAGUAUCCAUCAACCUUGUUGGUUAGUUUCGUUUGUUUAAUAAUUUCUUGUGUUUAUUAUAAUAUUUGGCUAUUUUCAGUAAGUUAUAAUUUCUAUUAUGAUAGUUAUUGGACUGCCUGGAGUUAUAUGAAAUUCAUGUUCCUAGUAUUCAAUCUUUACUGGACACAUUAUGUAAUCACCUAUACUUGCUAUAGUGUUGUAUCUGGGUUGGUUGCAAGUUGGUAUUUCUUUGCUGAUGAAGAUUUCAAUGGUAUGCCACCAAAACCAUGCGCACACUCACUAUAUCGUUCCAUGACUUCUUCAUUUGGUUCAAUUGCUUUUGGUUCUUUAUUGGUUUGUUUGGUUCAAAUGGUGCAAUUCAUUUGUAGAGGUUUUGCAAGAGUUCCAGGACUUACAUCUUUGUUUUGUAAUUGUCUCCAGUUUAUUGCAUUGAUCUUCACAAGAAUGUUAUAUACUUUUAACAUUUACACAUUCUCUAUGGUUUCAAUCUAUGGUCAAUCAUUUUGUAAUUCAUCAAAGAAAACCUAUAAUUUAAUGGUUAAUAAUAAUGAAAAAUUAUUUGCAACUCAUAAUUAUAUGUUAAUUACAAUGCUAUCAGUUUCUUUAUCAAUGUUUUUAAUAAUUGGCUUCAUUGUUACAAUGAUUAUGGCAACAAUUCAAUUGGAAAACCAAGGUUGGUUAUAUGUACAAUUGGUAAUGUUUUUAUUCAUCCUCUAUAAACCAUUUGAUAUUAUCUUUAGUUCAGUUUUAACAAUUUUAAUGUGUUUAAUUUCUGAUCCAAAUGCAAUGGAAGUUACAAAACCAAAUACUUUUAUUUUAUUAAGUGAAACUUAUGAUUUUAAAUCUUUAAAUCCUUAA